AUGUCGAUCGUGAAAGAAAAUCUUGCCAAAAAACUAAUCUCAAAUCCAUAUGACUCUAAUGAUUAUGGGUUAGACGAAUUAGUCCAUGAACUUGAUUUUAGUGUUAAAUUAUCUAAAGGCGAUGGAUUGAUGCCUAUAAUUUCACUUUUAAAUCAUGAUUCAAAUGAAAUCAAAAAGAAAGCUGCUUUAGUUAUUGGUACAGCGAUGCAGCGAUGUGAUGAAGAUCGUGAUGGAAUAUCUCGAUUAGCAAUUUUAUAUUAA